UUUAUUUUUUUUCUUUUUGGAUUCUCCUCUUUUUCCUGGAAACAUCCACCAUUUUUCCACCAUUCUCCUUGUUUUCUCCGACACAGUCUCCCUCUCAUCCCUCUUUUUUCUCCCCUUUUUCUCCCUGUUUUCUUCUUCAACGGAGGAAGCUGUGCAUUUUGCACCUAAUUUGGAUCAAAGACCAACAAGUCUUUCUUCUUGUUCCUCUAACCAGAGAUAGCUCUCUUUUUCACAAAAAUCCCAAAUCAAGGUAAUAGAUUUCUGGGUUUCUGGAGAAGAGCACUGUGGAUUUUUGGAGGUCUUUCGUUUUUUUGCCUACAAAUUUCUGGAGAAGUGCACAGCAACCCAAGGUAAUAGAUUUCUAGGUUUACUGCAGAUUUUGAUAUUUUCUAUAUUUGGGAUUUAUAAGGUUUAAUCUUCGAAUUGAAGUGUUGUGUAUGGUGUGGAUUAAGCUUAUUGGAAGCUUAAUUGAAUGAACUCAUCUCUGAAGCAAAGAGGGGGUUGGGUUUGCGGGACGGAAUCGGCAGAGCCGUUUCAGAUUUGGUGACUGGAGAAGAGGGCGGAAGGUAUGAUUUGGUAACUGGGUUCGCGGGAAGAAGGAGAUCCGGGAUGCAUGCUUGCAGACGACGUGGGCGCUAGAGACGGGAUUAGCAAUCCGCCAGUUUUCGGGGGUACUAGCGAAGAACAGCUAGUGAAGCUUUUAGUCGGUGCGAGUCCGACUUAGUCUCAUUAAAGGCAGCGCCAAACACGGGCUAGGACUUCUAUCUAAGCAGGAUAAAGAGCCCAGGGGUGUCGCCAUGCGUUUUCCUUCUGCCAAACUGUCAACUUUGUUUUCUUGUGCUUUGUGCUGUGUGGCUUAGGAGACAGAGGGAGAGAUAUUAUUGCCAAUUGAAUUAUUGAAGAGCACUAAAAUCUUCGUCGCCAGGAAUCUGAAUUUGUUGAUUUUCAUAAGCGAUCAGAUCAAUGGAAACAAGUCCCUUCAUCUUCAUGAUCAUCUGAAAAACUUCAAUUAAUGCAGUUCAACACUUUGUGCGGUUUUAAGCUCGAGAGCUCAAGCUUCCGGGGAACAACUCCUUAAUCUUAAUUGCAUUAAAGUUUUCAACUUCAACUGAAACCUAUCCUCGGAAGCAAGUGUCCUCAAGAUCUUACGACUUCCAUCUGUGACUACUUGUGAGUCUUCAUUGGUAUUGCUCAACGGAUCAAACUUCCAAUUCGAGAAACUAUGGGGGGAGAGGCUUUUCUUGUGGCAAUCCUCCAAGUGCUGGUUGACAAGUUGGCGCAUCGCAACGUCUUCAAGUACUUUGGACUCGUAAACGGUGUCAAUCAAAAUCUGAAUAAAUGGAAUGACACCUUGUCUGCUAUUGGAGCAGUGCUAAAUGAUGCCGAGGAAAGGCAACUGGAGGCUGAGAGCAACGCACUGAAGCUCUGGCUCGAUGAUCUCUGGGACUUGGCUUUUGAUGUCGAAGACGUGUUGGACAAAUAUCAUACUAAAAUGUUGGAACGUCAGAUACAACAUGCUCAUUCCAGUACAACAAGCAAAGUAUGGAACUCAAUUCCUAAUGGUGUUUUCAACUUCAAAAUGAACUUGGAAAUACAGAAGAUUACCGACCGAUUACAAGAGAUAUCUGAACAAAAAGACCAGCUUAGUUUGAGAAUUAAUACUGGGACGUCGACUAUAAGGGCACGCCAAAACAUAUCCCCUAGUUCCAGUCAACCAGAUGGACCUGUGAUUGGAAGGGACGAGGACAAAAGGCAGAUUGUUGAGCUACUGUCGAAACAAGAGCAUCGUGCUGUCAAUUUCGAUGUAGUUGCAAUUGUUGGUAUGGCUGGAGUCGGAAAGACAACACUUGCUGGACAAGUACUCAAAGAUAUGGUCGCAACCCAAACAUUUCAACUAGCCGUUUGGGUGUGCGUAUCUGACGACUUCAACCUUGGAAGAGUGACAAAGCAAAUUCUUGAAUCAAUCACAUCUCGACAAUGUGCCACAGAAGAUUACAAUAAGGUUCAAGAUGAUCUGCAAAAGGAGUUAGCGGGGAAGAAGUUUUUAAUUGUUUUAGAUGACGUUUGGAAAACGUGUAGCUAUGGUGAUUGGAUGAAGCUGCAGUCCCCUUUUCGUGAUGGAGCACAAGGAAGCAAGAUAAUUGUGACAACACGUGAUACAGAUGUUUCAAAAAUGAUGGGAGCUGCCAAGCUGGUUCACAAUUUGGAGCCCAUGGAAAAUGAUGUUUGUUUGCAAGUAUUUGAGCAACAUGCAUUCUUAAAUUCUAACAAUGACAAACCACCAAAUUACGAGUUACUCAAGGAGAAAAUUGUUGCAAAGUGUAGGGGAUUGCCUUUGGCCGCGAGGACUCUCGGUGGUGUUCUACUUCUUAAAGAAACAUAUGAAUGGGAAGAAUUAUUGAACAACAAACUCUGGAGUCUAUCAAAUGAGCAAGACAUACUUCCAGUAUUGAGAUUAACCUACUUUUAUCUUCCUUCACAUUUGAAAAGAUGCUUUGCUUAUUGCUCAAUACUUCCAAAUGGCUACGAAUUCGAAGAGAAGCAAAUGAUCCUUCUAUGGAUGGCCGAGGGCUUUAUUCUUCCCCUACCAGAAGAUAAUAAGCAAAUUGAAGAUUUAGGUGCUGAUUACUUUCGGGAGCUCGUAUCUAGGUCAUUGUUUCAAAAGUCAAUCGAAAAUAUUUCAAAAUAUGUGAUGCAUGACCUCAUUGUUGAUUUAGCACGGUGGGCAGCUGGAGAAAUUUGUUUUAGAUUGGAGGAUAAGCAAAAUGAUGAUGGUGUACAACUUAGACGUUUUCCGAAGGCACGCUACUCGUCUUACAUCAGAGGUGAUUAUGAUGGAGUUAAAAGAUUUGAGGCAUUUUCUAAAGUGAAAUGUUUGAGAACCUUCCUGCCACUAAGAAAGGGUUAUAUUUGGAGUUAUUUAAGUCGUCAGGUUACUUUUGAUUUAUUGCCAAAAUUGCAAUACUUGCGGGUGCUCUCUUUUAAUAGCUAUCAUAUAACUGAGCUGCCAAACUCAAUCGGUGAUUUAAGGUAUCUACGGUAUCUCGACCUUUCUUACACGUCGAUUACCAGUUUACCUAAAUCAACAAGCACUCUUUACAACCUGCAGACAUUGAUAUUGGAAGGCUGUCGUGAGUUGAAGUCAUUGCCUGCAGACAUGAGUAAUCUAAUUAAUUUGCGUCAUCUCAACAACUCAUAUGCAUAUUCGCUGGAAGGAAUGCCUCCAAAACUAGGUAAAUUGGUGAAUCUCCAAUCUUUGCCUAAUUUUGUGGUGAGUGGUGGUAGUAAUCAAUCAAGGAUAAGGGAGAUAGAGUUCUUGAUACAUCUUCGAGGGACAUUGUGCAUCUCAAGAUUGGAGAAUGUGACUGAUCUCGUGGAUGCUGGGAGGGCCACAUUAAAAUGCAAGGAGAGGCUUGAUUCGUUGGUCCUAGAAUGGUCUCAUUCAAGCGAAAUGGAAUUUGUUGUGCUUGACAUGUUACAGCCUCAUACAAAGCUCAAGGAGCUCACCAUCAAGAGUUAUGCCGGAAAGGAAUUUUCAUCAUGGGUGGGAAGUUCUUUGUUCUCUAAUAUGGCGGUCGUGCGCUUAGAGAAAUGUAACAAUUGUUUAUCAUUGCCACCUCUCGGACAAUUGCCUCAUCUCAAAGAACUUUAUAUUCAAGGAAUGAAUGCAGUGGAAAGUGUUGGUGCUGAGUUUUAUGGAUAGUGUAUCUUGCCUUUUCCGUUAUUAGAGACUCUUCAGUUUGUGGAUUUGAAGCAUUGGAAGAAAUGGCUUCCUGUCCAACCGGAUCACGAAAGUGGUGUUUUCCCAUGCCUGAAAAGGCUUUCAAUCAGAAAAUGUUCUAAGUUGGAAGGUAAGCUGCCAAAGAACCUUGAUCUGUUAGCCGAGCUUGAAAUUGUUAAAUGUAAGGAAUUGGUGGUUUCGAUUACCAACUACAAACAACUUCGUCAAAUAAACAUAGACGGUUGUAAAACGUUGGUGUAUACAGCUGCUAAGGUUGAAUUUGAGUUAUUAGAGUCCUUGUGUGUUUCAAACAUUUCAGAGCUGAUGUUUCUGCAAACAGGGGAAUUGUGCAGAAAGGGAUUAACCAAGGUUAGAGAAUUGAGUAUUAAUGGAUGUAAGGAGCUGAAGUCUUCAUUGAAGAAUAAGGCUGGAUUAUUGCGGCAGUUGACUUCUCUUGACCGUUUGAAGAUCGAAGGCAACUCUCCUCUAGUUGAAGAAUUGGGAAAAGAAGCAGAGGAGUUGCUGCAAUUACAAAUAUUGGAGUGCAAGCUUGAAUGUCUGGAGUUAAACAAGUGCGAAAAUCUUUUAAAGUUACCAAAAGGGUUAAAUCAGCUAUCGUCUCGUCAAGAGCUUCGCAUACACGAAUGUUCAAGUCUAGUUUCUUUUCCAGAUGUUGGUCUGCCACCUUCUCUUAAAGUUAUCGAGAUUACCGACUGCCAUUCGUUGAUAUAUUUGGCAAAACAUCAGAUUCCCCAAAAUCUCAGAAGAAUAGAGAUAAGUGAUUGCAAAAAUUUGUUAUCACUAGUAGAUGAGGAGGCUGUUGGUUCUUCCCCGUUGUCUUCUUCUUAUAGUUGUCUUGAGUACUUGAAAAUCGAUGGAUGUGAAUCUUUGACAUCGUUAUCAUUGAGUGGCCAACUUCUCAGGACACUUAAACACCUUCAGAUAAUAGAUUGUGACCGACUGGAGCUAAUCACAGAGGACGGGUUCUUCCGUGACAACACCAAUUAUUGUCUUGAAUAUAUUAAGAUCUGGAAGUGCCAAAAUCUGAAAUCCUUACCGGAUGGCUUAUGCCACCUCAGCAAUCUUCAAACUCUAAUUAUUAGAUUAUGUGGAAGUCUUGUUUCUUUCUCGAGACUGAGUGGGGGGAAAAGACCCUCCAACCUGAGAGAGAUCAGUAUCAGAGAUUGUGACAAAUUGGAGGCGUUGCCGGAAGACAUGCACAAUCUCAACUCUCUUGAGAAAUUGAAAAUCGACUACCGUGAAGGUUUGACUUUUCCUCCCAACCUCACGUUUCUUUCAAUUAAGAAGGUCAAGAGCUGCAAGUCAUAUUGGGAGUUGGAGUGGGGGUUGCACAGACUCCCCUCUCUUAGAAAUUUAUGGAUCAGUGGUGAAGACCCGGAUACGGUGUCGUUUCCACCCGACAUGGUCCGGAUGGAGACGCUCCUUCCCAAAUCUCUCAUUGACCUCACAAUAGAAGGCUUCCCGAAUCUGAAGAAACUGAGUAGCAAGGGCUUUCAAUUCCUCACCUCCCUUCAAUCUCUGAAACUCUACAAUUGUCCAAAGCUAGCAUCCAUUCCAGUGGAGGGUCUACCUCCUUCACUGGAGCAACUUCUCAUCACAGGGUGUCCAGUGCUAAAAGAGAGAUGUCAACCAGGAAAAGGACGCUACUGGCACAAAAUAUCUCACAUCCCUUCCAUAGAGUUAAAUUUGACAGUAUGGGAUGCUUCAUGGUUUUGGGAUUGCGGUGUCUGACGCAGUAGGGCUGGUUCUGUCUUGCUUUGGGAGCGAUUCUUUGACGACAACAAUGGCUAUUUCUAGGCCAAGCUUUCUUCUCUCAAGUUGAGUUUUUCUCACUCGGUUCUCUCCGGGCAACAUUGAUUUGUAAUACAAGUGUGCCACUCUUUCUCCCGUGUUUGGAGUGUUUCCCACCGGACUUUCUCCGAGCAUGAUUUUAACGAGCCCACUUAGACCUGUUUCGCUAAAUCCUAAAUUGUAUAACUCCAACCAACGGAAUCAAAUCCCAUUAGUAUAGGUCAUUCGCUUGCUUUCACAUCUUUCCUGCAUUACCACCCCGCUGUUGAUUCGCAGCAGUGGGCGAGAAUGGAUCAAAAAGUUGCUGUCCUCCUCGAGGACCAGACGCGGACUUGUCAGAGGCAAAUGCGAGAUUGUUGCUGAACUGUUGAUUUGUAGGACGUGGGAUCUCAGGUUGAGUUGAGUGAGCAGGAUAGUUUUGUUGAAGAAUAUGAUUUCCUGGCCUUGGAGGCAGAGGACUGGGCAAAUUGGGAAUCUGGUGAGGUGGAUUGAAGUUAGCCUGUCUCAUUGGCGACUGGCGUCCAAGGUAGAACGGUACUGGAGCCUAUAAAGGUUGCGAGUCUGGGAGGAACUGAGAUGGCAGUUGAAUUUCUGGCGUAGGGAGCAGUAGAUAUAUAAGCAGAUGGAUGCUGACCCAAUGUCGUCGCCGAGCUGUGGUCUCAAUAACACCUGACUGCCCAUUCAGUGAGUUUGUGCAGGUCCUGCCAGGCAUAUUCACAGGAGCGGAAUAUGUGUGUCCUUGAAUAAACUAGGACUAAAUUCGAUGAAAUUGAAAGGACAUGGAUCAAAGUGGAUCUUUGUGAAAACUAUAUAUAACAUGCAGAAAAGAACAAAACCGUCACCUUUUCGGGUGAAGUCA